GAGCGGACAGUUGCAGCGGCCAUCUUAGGAAGGUGUUGUGAGCAGGCGCUAUGCGUAGUAACCGACAGAGCCUCUGUUCCUGGUGACUGGAGUUGCUAUGUAAGGAGCAGAGAGAGAGUCCCACCUCCCUUUAAAGCUCUGUGUGCAAGGCUGAACCUCCUCCACAGCCAAAGAGGAACAUUGUCCAUCCACUGCUGCGAAUAUUGCUCCUGGCUGGCUGAGAUAUGACUCUCUCCAAGAAUGUGGAGUUUCAGGAGCCCACAGAGCGCAUUGCCAGCACCAGUAUUCAACCCCAUACAAAGAGCCUGGAGUACAGCAGCAGCCUUGAUCAGAUGGAUGAAGAGAUCUUUCAGUCCAUGGAGCCACCUAAAAGGUCCACCGGCAGGCUUAUCAUGCACAGCAUGGUCAUGUUCGGGAGAGAGAACUUGUAUGCGGUGGAAGCUGCUUUUGUGACCCCUAUCUUGCUCAGUGUGGGACUCCCUAAGAGAUUGUAUAGUCUUGUUUGGCUCAUCAGCCCCAUCCUUGGUUUCAUUCUCCAGCCAGUGGUAGGUUCUGCCAGUGAUUACUGUCGGUCUCGCUGGGGGAGGCGGAGGCCUUAUAUUCUGACUUUGGGGUUGAUGAUGGUCCUUGGUAUGGCACUCUUCCUCAACGGUGAUGCAGCAGUAUCUGCUGCAUUUAACAAUCGUAUCAGUGCCGAGAAGACGACGUGGGCUAUAGUAAUCACCAUGCUGGGAGUGGUCAUUUUUGACUUUGCUGCGGACUUCAUUGACGGGCCGAUAAAGGCCUACCUGUUUGAUGUGUGCUCACACCAAGACAAGGAGAGAGGACUUCAUUACCAUGCGCUGCUGACUGGAUUUGGAGGCGCUCUAGGUUAUGUGACUGGUGCAAUAGACUGGGAGUCUACAUUUCUUGGAAGACUGAUGGGCUCCGAGUUCCAGGUUAUUUUUUUCUUGUCGGGUUCAAUCUUCCUCUUGUUCCUUAUUGUCCACUUGUGCAGCAUUCCUGAGAUUCCCCUGAACGAUUUAUCGGAAACCGUGCUGCUACUGGAACAUGAGGUUUUAGCUGCAUAUGGAUCUAUCGAUAAAACACAGAAUGGAGAUGUUAAGCAGGAUAAGCCGAGAAAAAGAUCUUACAUUCAUGUGGAAGAUGAACUUGAAGAAGUCUCCAAGGCUCAGAAACGAAUGACCUUGAAGUCUCUGAUGUUGGCUCUUGCAACGAUGCCGUCUCAUUACCGCUACCUGUGUGUGUGUCACCUCAUUGGAUGGACGGCUUUCCUUGCUAACAUGCUGUUCUUCACUGACUUCAUGGGGCAGAUUGUUUACCAUGGAAAUCCAUAUGCACCACACAAUUCCACGUCAUACCUAAUCUACGAGCACGGCGUGGAGAUCGGCUGCUGGGGCAUGUGCAUCAAUGCACUCUCUUCAUCUGUGUACUCCUAUCUCCAGAAGUCAUUGCUACCAUAUAUCGGUUUGAAGGGUCUUUAUUUUCUUGGCUACCUUCUUUUCGGACUAGGAACAGGAUUCAUUGGACUCUUCCCCAAUUUAUAUUCUACGUUGACUCUGUGUACACUCUUUGGGGUGAUGUCAAGCACUUUGUAUACUGUGCCUUUCAAUCUGAUUGCAGAGUACCACAGAGAAGAAGAGAGUGAAACCCCUUUAAACCAGAAAACGACCAAAGAUUACCGAGGUAAAGGGAUCGAUUGUGCCGCUCUUACCUCCAUGGUUCAGCUGGCUCAAAUUAUCGUUGGAGGAGGUCUCGGAUUUUUGAUCAGUCUCGCUGGGAGCGUGGUGGUGGUUGUCCUCUUUGCCUCUACGGUUUCAUUGAUAGGUUGCUGUUUCGUUGCGAUAUUCAUCAGAUAUGUUGAAUAAAAAUAACUUCUUUCUA